GAGGGGGCGGGGACGCAGGGAGGGCCUGCGGCGUCUCCGCGGCGAUGGCGGCUUCGGGGAGCGGCAUGGCCCAGAAGAGCUGGGAGCUGGCCAACAACAUGCAGGAAGCGCAGAGCAUCGACGAGAUCUACAAGUACGACAAGAAGCAGCAGCAGGAAAUCCUGGCGGCCAAGCCCUGGACCAAGGAUCACCAUUACUUUAAGUACUGCAAGAUCUCAGCCUUAGCCCUACUGAAAAUGGUGAUGCAUGCUAGAUCAGGAGGCAACUUGGAAGUGAUGGGUUUGAUGCUCGGGAAAGUGGAUGGUGAAACCAUGAUCAUUAUGGACAGUUUUGCUUUACCAGUAGAGGGCACAGAAACUCGAGUUAAUGCCCAAGCUGCUGCAUAUGAAUAUAUGGCAGCAUAUAUAGAAAAUGCAAAACAGGUGGGUCGACUUGAAAAUGCAAUUGGCUGGUAUCACAGCCACCCUGGCUAUGGUUGUUGGCUCUCUGGGAUUGAUGUUAGCACCCAGAUGCUCAAUCAGCAGUUUCAAGAACCAUUUGUAGCAGUAGUUAUUGAUCCAACAAGAACAAUAUCUGCAGGAAAAGUGAAUCUUGGUGCCUUUAGGACCUACCCAAAGGGCUAUAAACCACCAGAUGAAGGUCCCUCUGAGUACCAGACUAUUCCACUUAAUAAAAUAGAAGACUUUGGAGUACAUUGCAAACAGUACUAUGCUUUAGAAGUCUCUUACUUUAAAUCAUCUUUGGAUCGCAAAUUGCUUGAACUUCUAUGGAACAAAUAUUGGGUAAAUACUCUGAGUUCUUCCAGCUUACUUACGAAUGCAGACUAUACUACUGGACAAGUCUUUGAUUUAUCUGAAAAACUAGAACAGUCAGAAGCCCAGCUUGGACGAGGGAGUUUCAUGUUGGGUUUAGAAACACAUGACCGAAAGUCAGAAGACAAACUUGCUAAAGCAACAAGAGACAGCUGUAAGACCACCAUAGAAGCUAUCCAUGGAUUGAUGUCUCAGGUUAUUAAGGAUAAACUUUUCAACCAAAUUAAUAUUUCUUAAAGAAUGCCAUCGAGUAGUUACUCAUUUAUGCCUUCUUAGAGGUAUUUCCUUUGUUUGACAGCUAGUAUGAGAAAAAUACUCAAGUUAACACUUUAAAAUUGGUUAUCAAAAAUCUGAUUUGCAGAACAAAGUGCUUUGAAAUUCUUUAGUUGUAUUAAAAAUAUUCCAGAAGAUUGCUUUGGAAAACUUCUUAAGAAGAAACUAAAGAAUUGUCACUUAGAUAUUGGCUUUUAGUUAUUUAUACUGAUCACUGAGCUAUAAUAAAAAUUUCUUUA